AUGCGUAUAUUCAUUUAUUUUACAACAUUUCUUCUUGUUUGUCUCUCCACAAAACGCAGCCGUUGCAGUCUCUUCUUAGUUCUUAACCCCUUAAACCCCAAAACACAAAAUCACUUCUAUGGUUCUUCUUGCAUAGUAGAAAUCAAAACAAUGAAAUCCUUAAGAAUCUUCAAAAACACUCUCUAUUCAACUCCUUCACCCAAAAUCACCACCACCGUCUUCCGCGCUUUCUUCUCCGCCGAACCCCUCACACCGGAACCCGAUCCUCAACCCGAACAUUCAGACGCAACCUUCGAUAGUUCUCACUACGAAAUCCCAAUCCUUAACAACAACGACGAAAAGCCGAAGGUGUCGUGGAAUAAGAAAUAUCGAGACCGGACGGAUAAACUGGUGUUCGGCGAUGAGCCGAAGGGGAGAAUAAAGUUUAAGGAGGAAGAGGAGGAGAGGAAAACAAAGGCGCUUGAGAAGGCUUUGUUGGAAGCUGCGUUGAGUAAACCCGAGGAGGAGGAGGAGGAAGAAGAUGAAGAUGUCGGUGUUGUGAAUGAGGAGGAUCAGAAGUCUUUGUCUGUUGGGAUUAUUGGUGCUCCUAAUGCUGGAAAAUCUUCUCUCACUAACUACAUGGUUGGAACAAAGGUGGCGGCUGUUUCACGUAAGACAAACACCACAACUCAUGAAGUUGUGGGCGUGUUGACUAAAGGAGACACCCAAAUUUGUUUUUUUGAUACGCCAGGGCUCGUGCUAAAUUGUAGCGGAUUCCCUUAUAAGGAUGCCAAAGCUCGUGUUGAAAGUGCUUGGAGUUCAGUCAAUCUCUAUGAAGUGCUCAUAGUCAUUUUUGAUGUCCAUAGACAUAUUACUAGGCCUGAUUCAAGAGUUGUAAAACUGAUCAAGCGAAUGGGAGAACGGUCCAUUCCAAAUCAAAAGCGAGUUUUGUGUAUGAAUAAGAUUGAUUUAGUAGAGAAAAAGAAAGACUUAACGAAGGUUGCAGAAGAAUUCGAAAAUCUUCCUGGAUUUGAAAGGCGUUUCAUGAUAUCUGGAAUGAAGGGGGCUGGUGUAAAAGAUUUGACUCAGUUCUUGAUGGAGCAGGCAGUAGAACGGCCCUGGGAAGAAGAUCCUUUUACCAUGACCGAGGAAGUUAUGAAAAUGAUAUCAUUAGAAGUUGUGCGUGAAAGAUUGUUGGACCAUGUACAUCAGGAAAUUCCAUAUGAUAUUGAACAUAGGUUGAUUGACUGGAAAGAGUUGCGAGAUGGUUCUCUUAGGAUUGAACAACACUUUCUCACUAACAAAUUAGGCCAACUCAAGAUUCUUGUGGGGAAGCGUGGCUCAAAAAUUGGGAGAAUAGGAAUAGAAGCUAAUGAAGAGCUAAGGACCAUUUUCAAAAAGCAAGUGCAUCUAGUUCUUCAGGUUAAGCUCAAAUGAUUAACGAGGCGAAUACCUUUGGCGUUUAGAAGAUACCUUUUUUGCCACACACCAUGUUAUGCAGCAUGUAAAAUGCCAAAGGGGUGUGUGAAUUACACUGACCUUUGAAGUCGUUGAAGCUUCCAAAACCUUGCUUGAGAACAGGGUCAUCAUAGAUAAAAUAAGUGCUCUGGAAGGAAACAAGUGAUCUCACGCCGGCAAUUUGUUAUGCCUUUUAGUAUUUGAUUGCCGAAGUUUAAGAACUCAAAUUUGUUUAAAGUUUAUGGUUGUUUAUGAAAAUUGAAAGGAAAUUUCAGUUUUUUUUGUUCAUUCAAAUUUAUUGAUUUAAUAGAUGUUUUAUACAAAACACAACUAGGGCAUUUGGUUGUAUGAAAAUGGUGAGGUACGAGUUUGGUUAUUGUACAA